ACGUCUAUUAGCAUGUUCAGUGUCAUGUCAUUAGACUAUUGGCAUACUCUCUCCUCUCUGCCUGCCAGUCACUAGACCACUGCAGUAGAACGAGGCACGACAACACAUUAACCAGUGAACAGCCAUGCUGCUACAUAGCUUCCCUCUCACCAUCCUCCUCCUCUCCACCAUCCCUGUCACUCACCAGUGGGGGGCAGUGGGUGAUGAGUCUGGAAGGUCUGUGGCUGCUGCAGGGCCAGUGGUCCAGGGCAGGCCCUUCACCAUGGUCUGGAACAUGCCCACAGCGAGCUGCCAGGAACACUAUGGCAUCCACCUGGACCUGGGGGCCUUCGACAUCGUGGAGAACCACCACCAGCGCUUCCAGGGCCAGAACAUGAGCAUCUUCUACCACAAUCAGCUAGGGCUCUACCCUUACAUCUCCCAGGAGGGUCUGCAGGUUAAUGGAGGGGUUCCCCAGAGGGGAGACCUGGAGGCCCACCUGGCCUUGGCCCAGACCCAGAUCUCAGCCCUGCUCAGGACAGGGUUCAGCGGCCUGGCCGUCAUCGACUGGGAGGAGUGGCGCCCCUUGUGGGUGAGAGACUUCGGCAUUAAGCUGGAGUACCGCCGGCUGUCUAAAAAACUGGUGAGAGGGGAACAUCCAGAGCUAACCAAACAGGAAGUGAACUCCCUGGCCCGUAAGGAGUUUGAGAGGGGUGCCAGGGAUUUCAUGUCUGAGACGCUGCAGUUAGGAGUGUGUCUGCGACCGAGGGGACUCUGGGGCUUCUACAGCUUCCCUGAAUGUUUCAACUACCACAGGAAGCAGAAAGGCCACAGCUACACGGGUCAAUGCCACUCCAAGACCAGGCAGAAGAAUGACCAGCUAGCCUGGCUGUGGCGCCAGUCCACUGCCCUCUACCCUAGUAUCUACCUACCCAAACGUCUGGCAGGGUCCUCUGAUGCCACCCUCCUGGUCAGACAUAGGCUUCUGGAGGCCCUGAGGGUGGCGAAUCAGUACCCCACUAGCACCCAUGCCACUCCUGUACUGCCCUAUGCCAGAGUGGCAUUCGCCCACACCCUCCACUUCCUCAACAAGACAGAUCUGGAGCACACACUGGGAGAGAGUGCAGCGCUGGGGAUGGCAGGAGUGGUGCUGUGGGGGGAGCAGGCGUUCGCUAAGUCAAAGCGUCAGUGUGAGAUACUGAGGGACUACAUUCAUUCUGAACUGGGAGUGUACAUCAGCACCCUGAAGAGAGGGGUGCAGCGUUGCAGCGAGGAGCGAUGCCAUGGCAACGGUCGCUGUGCCAGGAGGGACCCCUACUCUGACCACAUGCUCCCACUCUCUGACUCCUUCUCCAACUUCCUCCCUGACCCCUCUCAUGACCUCAGCCACCUCCGCACUCACUUCCUGUGCCAGUGCUAUCAGGGCUGGGCGGGUGAGAAGUGUCAGGAAAGGAUAGCUUCAAUUACUAACACUUAGUGUCAGGAAUAUAUAUAUAUAUAUAUUUUUUACCUUUAUUUAACUAGGCAAGUCAGUUAAGAACAAAUUCUUAUUUUCAAUGACGGCCUAGGAACAGUGGGUUAACUGCCUGUUCAGGGGCAGAACGACAGAUUUGUACCUUGUCAGCUCGGGGGUUGGUUUGAACUUGCAACCUUCCGGUUACUAGUCCAACGCUCUAACCACUAGGCUACCCUGCCUCCCCAUAUAGUCUCUAUCACCAAUAUAUAAUAUCACCUCUUUUGUUUAUUUGGUUGAUGCGCAGCAUACAGUAGCAUCAUUGCAAUUCCACCAAGUGUAUCAAAGUGAAAACUGUGGCAGUUGCUAAAAGGCGUAUUCAUUCUAUACACUUCAGUUCCACUUGUGACAUGUUUAAGUUGUGAUAGUCAGAACAAAUUUGCACUGUGUUUUGUCAGUAACAAAAUGGGUGUGACAUUUCAUCAUACAGCACCUGUCUCAUGCAUACAUGUAAAAGAGGACCGCUUCUAAAAGUUACAGCGUAGCUUGUAUGUACAGUAUGUUUAAGUCACAGAUCACAUGGACGUCUCGAACCUGAAUCAUUUCUGUCCUCAUGCAGUUGUUCAAAUACAUGAAUUGUCAGUUGAAGAGUGUGGUCCUUUACGCUGUGAUGUCACUAAAGAUGCUAUAAAGUGUUCAGUACCCUGCAA